AUGUAUAAUUUAUGUGUUGAUAAAACAAAAGAACAAGUUAAAUUGUCCACAAGAUUUCCUACUAUUACAUGUGAUGCGUGGUGCGACGAAUAUCAGCAUCGAUCUUAUUUUUGCAUUACAAUACAUUUUUUGGACUCGAACUUAAAAUUACAUAGAUAUAGUUUGAAAACUCAACCUUUUGAUGACGCUCACACGGGAGAAAAGAUAAAAGAUCUUAUAUCAACAGUUCUAUCCGGCUAUGAUAUAAAUCAAAAUGAUGUGAUUAUAGUAUCAGAUAAAGGUUCGAACAUGCGAAAAGCAGGGAAACUGUUAAAUGUCGUUCAUGUAUUUUGCAUUGCUCAUGGAAUCCAUAAUUUGCUAAUGAAGGAUUGUUUUCCUAAAAUGCAACGUGUUUCAGAGAUUUUGAAUAAAGUUCAAGCAAUUAUUAACAAACUUCGCUACCGUCAACAUGAACUUGAAGCUGAAUAUUUCAAGUCAGAUGAAAAAGAAUUUUUUUUUGGAGACAAGGCCUUUUAUUAUAUAAUAGUAAAUAAAAUACAAUAAAACGGCUGGAACAGAAAAAGAAAAACAACGAAGAGACGCAUGACUAUUGUCUUUUGUCUCGAGGUUUGGUCAUUGGG